ACCACAGACCCGGGAGCAGAAGACUGAAGAGACUGGGCAAGGGGGGCCUCCAGGAGCCCCCCAGCCCUAUUCCACCCCUCCAUCCCAGGGGCACAGAAAUUGUCUUCUUUUCCUGACCCCUAGAAGGAGAAAAAAAAAAAAAAUUGAAGGAAAGAUAAAAGGAGACGGAGGAAAGGCGGCAACUAGAUUAUUUAGGAGAGGCGCAGAGGAGAGAAAUCGGGGUGAGUCGCCAUGGGGACCCCCAGGGCCCAGCAUCGGCCGCCUCCCCAGCUGCUGUUCCUGAUUCUGCUGAGCAGUCCCUGGAUUCAGGGAUCUGAUCCAGACCCCACACUAGCCACCCCUCCAGCCGGCCAGACUCUUGCAGCACCCUACCUGCUGAGGGCCACUGAGCCAGGGACAGGGCCUCUGACGACAGCCGUGACCCCGAAGGGGGCCAGGGGAGCAGGCCCCACCGCGCCAGAGCUGCUGACCCCGCCCCCAGGAACUACUGCCCCACCCUUGCCCGGCCCCGCCUCCCCAGGCCCACCCCUCAGGCCUGAGGGAGGGGAGGAGGAGACCACCACAACCAUCAUCACCACAACAACUGUCACCACCACAGUGACCAGCCCAGUUCUGUGUAACAACAACAUCUCCGAGGGUGAAGGGUAUCUGGAGUCUCCAGAUUUGGGGAGCACCGCCAGCCGCACCUUGGGGCUCCUGGACUGCACUUACAGCAUCCACGUCUACCCUGGCUAUGGAAUUGAGAUCCAGGUGCAGAUGCUGAACCUGUCUCGGGAAGAGGAACUGUUGGUGCUGGCUGGCGGAGGCUCCCCAGGCCCGGCCCCCAGACUCCUGGCCAAUUCCUCCAUGUUGGGAGAAGGACAGGUCCUUCGGAGCCCAACCAACCGGCUGCUCCUGCACUUCCAGAGCCCGCGGGCCCCAAGAGGCAGUGGCUUCAGGAUCCACUAUCAGGCCUACCUCCUGAGCUGUGGCUUCCCUCCCCGGCCAGCCCAUGGGGACGUGAGUGUGACAGACCUGCACCCUGGAGGCACUGCCACCUUCCACUGUGACUCGGGCUACCAGCUGCAGGGUGAGGAGACCCUUGUCUGCCUCAAUGGCACCCGGCCAGCCUGGAGCAGUGAACCCCCUAGCUGCAUGGCAUCCUGUGGUGGCACCAUCCACAAUGCUACACUGGGCCGCAUUGUGUCCCCCGAGCCCGGGGGAGCAGCGGGGCCCAACCUUACCUGCCGCUGGGUCAUUGAAGCAGCCGAGGGACGCCGGCUGCACCUGCACUUCGAAAGAGUGUCGCUAGAUGAGGACAAUGACAGGCUGAUGGUGCGCUCGGGUGGUGGUCCCUUAUCCCCGGUGAUCUAUGACUCGGACAUGGAUGAUGUCCCAGAACGAGGUCUCAUCAGUGAUGCCCAAUCCCUCUAUGUGGAGCUGCUAUCAGAGACACCUGCCAACCCCUUGCUGCUGAGCCUCCGAUUUGAAGCCUUUGAGGAGGAUCGCUGCUUCGCUCCCUUCCUGGCACAUGGCAAUGUCACCACCACGGACCCUGAGUAUCGCCCAGGGGCGCUGGCCACCUUCUCAUGCCUCCCAGGAUAUGCCCUGGAGCCCCCCGGACCCCCCAAUGCCAUCGAAUGCAUAGAUUCCACAGAACCCCACUGGAAUGACACAGAGCCAGCUUGCAAGGCCAUGUGUGGAGGGGAGCUGUCCGAGCCCGCUGGUGUGGUCCUCUCUCCCGACUGGCCCCAGAGCUAUAGCCCCGGCCAGGACUGCGUGUGGGGCCUGCAUGUCCAGGAAGAGAAGCGCAUCUUGCUCCAAGUUGAGAUCCUGAAUGUGCGUGAAGGGGACAUGCUGACGCUAUUUGACGGGGACGGUCCCAGUGCCCGAGUCCUGGCCCAACUGCGGGGACCUCAGCCGCGCCGUCGCCUCCUCUCCUCCGGGCCCGACCUCACGCUGCAGUUCCAGGCACCGCCCGGGCCCCCAAACCCAGGCCUGGGCCAGGGCUUCGUGCUGCACUUCAAAGAGGUCCCGAGGAACGACACAUGCCCGGAGCUGCCACCUCCAGAGUGGGGCUGGAGGACGGCGUCCCAUGGGGAUCUGAUCCGGGGCACGGUGCUCACUUACCAGUGCGAGCCUGGCUAUGAGCUGCUCGGGUCCGACAUUCUCACCUGCCAGUGGGACCUGUCCUGGAGCGCCGCGCCGCCCGCCUGCCAAAAGAUCAUGACUUGUGCCGACCCUGGUGAGAUCACCAACGGGCACCGCACCGCCUCAGACGCUGGCUUCCCUGUUGGCUCCCAUGUCCAGUACCGCUGUCUGCCGGGGUACAGCCUGGAGGGGGCGGCGGUACUCACGUGCUACAGCCGGGACACGGGCACGCCCAAGUGGAGCGACCGGGUCCCCAAGUGCGCCUUGAAGUAUGAGCCAUGCCUGAACCCCGGAGUUCCAGAGAAUGGCUACCAGACCUUAUACAAGCAUCACUACCAGGCGGGUGAAUCCCUGCGCUUCUUCUGCUACGAGGGCUUUGAGCUCAUCGGCGAGGUCACCAUCACCUGUGUGCCUGGCCACCCCUCACAGUGGACCAGCCAGCCCCCGCUCUGCAAAGUGGCCUAUGAGGAGCUCCUGGACAACCGAAAACUGGAAGUGACCCAGACCACAGACCCGUCACGGCAGCUGGAGGGUGGGAACCUUGCCUUAGCGAUCCUGCUGCCCCUAGGCUUGGUCAUCGUCCUCGGCAGUGGUGUUUACAUAUACUACACCAAGCUGCAGGGAAAAUCUCUCUUCAGCUUCUCGGGCUCCCACUCCUAUAGCCCCAUCACUGUGGAGUCGGACUUCAGCAACCCGUUGUAUGAAGCUGGGGAUACACGGGAAUAUGAAGUUUCCAUCUGAACCCCAAGAUAGAGGCUGCAGGACCCAGGACGUCCCUCCCCUCUUCAUUCUGGGCAGGGGGGAGUACAGCACCUGGUCUCUGGCUCCUGGCUCCUCUCCUUCCUGCUGUGUAAAUAGUCUCCCAGUCCCAUGAGGGCGCUCUGAUGGCCCUGGAGACCCUACAGUAAAUAAACCAGCAUCCUGCCGCCUAAAACCUCCUCUUCUCAGUUGCCAACAAGCGGCCUGCCCCCACCCUGCGUGCCCAUCACUGGCUUUUGGACCCUGGGAGGGGAACUCAGCUCCCCUGUAACUCCUGGGGCCCCUCCAGCCCAGGGCAUUCCACAAGGACUGCCCCACCACCUGACAGUACCAAAGUUCCCUCGAGCACAGAGGCUAUAUCACCCCCAGAUGCCCUGGCCCCAGGCCUGACUCCUGGGCCUGUUGGGUCAGAAGAUCAGGGAUGAAGGGGAAAGCUGGGACAAGCCACUGCCCCCUUCCUACGCUCUCCCCAACUCAUAAACUCCCCAUCUUUGCUUCUGGAUUUUUGUUUUUGAGCAAUAAACAGAAAAUCACCAUUGGUA